AACCCAUAAUCAGUAGAAGCCGCCAGGAUGGCCGGGUCGCCUCAAGAACAAGAGCUAUCAUUGACGAGGACAGGAUCCUCGUCAGCGUCAGAGAUCAUCCCAGUAUCAUUAGGACAAUUGCCAGCGCAAAGUGAAGCCCUAGAGUCGGCGGAAGAUUGGACUGGCCUGACGUCAAGCAAAGAGCGGAGGAAACUUCGAAAUCGACUGAACCAGAGAGCACGCCCGGAAGCAGAAUCAUGCGGCCGUCUGCAGAAUGGUACCACCGGAGAUGAAGGCUACUCACUCCUAACAUGCCCCAAAAGAAGGAAUGAGUUGAUGGUACUCGCACAAGAAGCACGAAGGAACUACUCACUAGGAACUCCGGCGCCCCGACAACUCAGCGCCCUCGUCAAGCUCAACCUGCUUACUGCGCUAUGGCGGAAUACGAAGAUAUUGGGCUUCAACGUACACUCCAUCUGCGAGGACGAAUUCAUUUCUCCGCACAAUCUGCAAGGCCCGGAUCUCCCCUGCUAUUCUCGCCAAGAGCUCUCGUGGCCUCCAUAUUUGCGUCCAACGAAAGCGCAGAAAAAGAUUGCACAUCACCCUUUCCUUGACGUGUUCCCAUUCCCUUCGUUGAGAGAAGCCGGGAUCCGGGCCGAAGAACUUGGUUUCUUUGAUGAAGACGACUUUUGCCUCGACAUCUUCCAUCUCGAUGACAAAAAGGACGGCGUGGAGCGACCACACAUGAUAGUCUGGGGCGAGUCUUGGGAUCCCCGGGGCUGGGAAGUCAACGUUGCGUUCCUGAAGAAAUGGGGCUGGAUGGUCCGAGGCUGCCCAGAGUUGCUAGAAGGCACGAAUUACUGGCGUGAGAGAAGGGGCGAAAAGAAGUUGAACUUUAAGCUCAAUGACGGUUAGUCAGGGUGGCCAGC